AUGCCCCUCCAUGAUAUCUGCACCAAGACUUUUUUGUUACACUUGAUUCCAUUACCCGUUUCGUGUACCGUUACGGGUAGUAUGCCGCUCACUGCAGAAACAAAAGACCUCCUUCCUCUUCCUUCCUAUCCCGUGCCCAAGCUUACAGAUAUGGAGUAUUCCAAGGAAAUCCUUCUCUUGUCGCGCAAUGCGCGCGAAUCUAACGACGGCUUUGCGCCGGGCAGAUGCGGUGCUCUCGGCGAUAAGUGGAGGUCAGAAUACAGGGGGCUGUAUCUUCAUCCAUACGAUCUACAAGAAUUGAUCCAUGAACUUGGAGAGAUAGACAUACUGAAGCAUAAUAUCGAUAGCAGAUCACUAGGAAGUCCAAGCUUGACCGGCAAGGCUCUGGCAUGUUAUGUGCUCAACAUCGUGACAAAAGUCUUUGCUCAGCUUCGGCUCUCGCUGUAA